AUGCGAAAAACAGAUAUAGCCUGUGAGAAAGACUCUUUAUCUCAGAGUGAGUUAUCCAAUGUUCCAGUACUAGAAGAAGUUCCAGAUAGUAUUCCAAUUCCUGUUAUGAAUCCCGAAGUUCCUGAUAUGAGUUGUUUACUGAAGACUGUCGCUGCUGCUAAACCCAGUCCUAAAUCUUAUGUAUGCAGGAAGAAAUCAAAUGGGCAUCUCUACAUUUUCUUCUUGAUGCUUCUUGUUAUAAAUUUACUUGCAGACAGAUGGUACCCUAAAAGCUUGCCAUGUGAUGUGAACAUAACCAGUGAUGGUGCAUUUGUAAAGGUUAACUGCAUUGAUCGACAGCUCACAAGCGUGCCAAAGGGAAUACCAAGGAACGUCACUAACCUUACUCUAUCUAUAAACCACAUACAAGAUAUCAACAUGGACUCUUUUGCUCCACUGGAUAAUCUGAUUGAAAUUGAUUUUAGAUGCAACUGUGUACCUCCUAUAAUAGGACCUAAGGACCAUGUUUGCACCAAAAGACCACAUAUAGAGACAGGAAGUUUUAAAUCAUUAAACAGUCUGAAGGCAUUAUACCUUGAUGGGAAUCAGCUCUUAGAAAUUCCACAAAAGCUGCCACCUUCUCUGGCACUACUGAGUCUUGAAGUCAACAGCAUAAUUUCUGUUAAUCAAUACAAUCUGUCAGGACUAUCAAGCAUUAAAAUGUUAUAUCUAGGCCAAAACUGUUAUUAUCGCAACCCUUGCAAUACAACAUAUUUUAUUGAUCCACUGGCUUUCAGUAACAUGAGCAGUUUGCAAAUAUUGUCUCUUAAAUCCAAUAAUAUUAGUCGAGUUCCUGAAAACUUGCCAAGAAGUUUAAAAGAACUCUAUCUCUACAAUAACAUGAUUCAGAAUAUUACUGAGAUAGAUUUUCAGAAUCUUUCUAAUUUAGAAAUCCUUGAUUUAAGUGGCAACUGCCCACGUUGCUACAAUUCUCCAUUCCCUUGUACACCUUGCCCAGACAAUACUCCUUUACAAAUUUCUCCCCAGGCUUUUGAUUCAUUAAAAAAACUAAAAAUGCUGCGUCUUCAUAGUAAUUCACUCAAAAGUAUACCAUAUGACUGGUUUAAACAUAUAGAACAUCUUAAAUUUUUAGAUCUUUCUAGAAACUACUUGAUAAAAGAGAUUGGCAAUGCCGAGUUCUUAACAUAUCUUACCAGUCUUGAAGAACUGGACUUGUCAUUUAAUUAUGAGCUGUCAGUAUAUGCUACUGGUCUUAAUCUGUCAUCAAAUUUCUGUAAAUUAAAUUCCCUUAAAAUAUUACGAAUUAAAGGAUAUGUUUUCAACAAACUUGAAGAGGGUCAACUUACUCCAUUGCAAAGCCUUAAAAACUUGACAUUCCUGGAUCUAGGGACAAAUUUCAUAAAAUCAGCUAACCUUAGUAUAUUUCAAGAUUUUCCUUCUCUUAAAAUUAUAAAUCUUUCAGAGAAUAAAAUUUCUCCAUCUUCUGGCAUCGAGGAAUCAUUUUCUGAUUCUUGUGUUGCAAGUAGCAGGACAGUAGGGCAGUACUAUAGUGGAACAGUUCAAGAAGCCCAUUAUUUUAUGUAUGACGAAUAUGGACGUAACUGUAGAUCAAAGGAAAAGGAAGCUGGCACAUUUCAACCUUUGCAUGGUAAAGGAUGUACUCGUUAUGGGAAAACAUUAGAUCUUAGCAGAAAUAACAUUUUUUUUAUUAACCCAGUAGACAUUCGAUAUCUUACAAUCUUCUCAUGUCUUAACUUAUCAGGGAAUGCUCUAAGUCAGUCUUUCAAUGGCACUGAGUUUAAGCAUCUUAAAACUUUGAAAUAUUUAGAUUUUUCAGACAAUCGCAUUGAUUUGCUUUAUUCUGCAGCAUUUCGUGAACUUAAACAGUUGGAAGUAUUAGACCUCAGUCGUAAUAGUCACUACUUUCUGGCAGAAGGUAUAACACACAUGCUAAAUUUUACGAAUAAUCUUCCUAAGUUACGGAAGUUGUAUAUGAACUUUAAUGGCAUUUCUACUUCUACAAGUACUGAAAUGGGAAGUAAAUCACUGAGACACCUAGAAUUUAUUGGAAACCGCUUAGAUGUGAUAUGGAGGGAUGGGAAUAGAAGGUACACUCUGCUGUUUAAAAACCUCACUGCUCUGAAACAUUUGGACAUUUCAGAAAACAGACUUAGUUUUUUGCCUUCUGAUGUUUUUGAAAAUAUGCCUCCACACUUGGAAGACCUUAUUCUUAAGAGAAAUAAACUCCAAAGCUUUAACUGGGGCAAGCUUCCUUAUCUUACUAAUCUGAAAACACUUGAUCUUAGCAGCAAUCUUCUAAGAACAGUUCCUCGUGAACUUUCAAAUUGCACCACAAGUCUAAAUAAAUUUAUCUUACGAAGGAAUAGAAUUCCUCAGUUAACUACUCAUUUUCUCAGAAAUGCUUUCAGUCUAUCUUACCUUGACUUAAGUUACAACAAACUUCAAUUUAUACAGCAGUCAAGCUUUCCAGAAGAUGUCCUAAAUCAUCUUGAAGUGUUGCUUCUCAUGGGGAAUCACUUCUUAUGCACAUGUGAUGCUGUAUGGUUUGUUUGGUGGAUCAACCAAACAGCAGUAAACAUUCCUCGCUUGGCUACAGAUGUUACAUGCAGUGGGCCUGCAGCGCAUCAAGGUAAAAGUGUAAUAUUAUUAGAUCUUUAUUCGUGUGAACUAAACUCCAUUCCUAUAAUAUUGCAUUCUUUAUCAUUAUCACUCAUUUUGUGUCUUCUCCUAAUAUCAAUUACAAGCCACCUUUUUUAUUGGGAUGUGUGGUACAUUUAUCACUUCUGUUCUGCAAAGUUGAAAGGUUAUAAUUCAAUGGUUUCACAGAAUGCCUGUUAUGAUGCUUACAUUGCUUAUGAUAUUACUGAUUCUGAUGUGUCGGACUGGGUUUUAAAAGAACUGAGAGAAAAGUUGGAAGAACAAGGAGACAAGAAUUUUAAUCUGUGCCUGGAAGAGAGAGACUGGGUCCCAGGUCAGCCAGUGAUGGAAAAUCUCUCACAAAGCAUUCGACUAAGUAAAAAAACUGUUUUUGUACUUACAAACAAAUAUCUAAACAGUGGAAAUUUCAAGACAACAUUUUACAUGGCACAUCAACUGUUAUUGGAUGAAAAAAAAGAUGUGAUUAUUUUAAUUUUGCUCGAAAAAUCUCUGCAGAAUUCAAAAUAUCUGAAACUAAGGAAAAGACUCUGCCGUAGAUCUGUCCUACAAUGGCCUACCAAUCCCCAGGCACAGAAUUAUUUUUGGCAAUGUUUGAAGACGUCACUUGCUACAGACAACCACAUGCAAUACAGUAAAAAGUUUCAAGAAACUGUAUAA